CGAAGCGUAACCUCGCGCGCUUCACUUGUAUCGCGAGUUGACCUUGUGACGACGCGUUCUACGUUCGCGUGAGCCCGCGUAAAAAAAUAACCAAAACAAUUCCUUUAACUUUUAUAUUUUAUCCUGCAAUUCGCAAAUAAUACAACAAAAAAGUGUUUGCUGCAUUAGUGAGAUUUAUUCGCGAUUAUUUCUUUUGUGAUGUGAUAUGUAAUAUGACUAGUGUUUUAAAAAAAUCAAGAGGUACAAAAGGUAAAUCGGAAUCCAUGCAAGAAGAUUUGCCUUCGAGAUGGGGGAAUGUGUCCCGUGGCCACAGGUCCGAGGACGUCGGGAAGCUGAUCAGAUACAUCGAUGACAACAUAAUUGGCAAAGGAAAUUCAUUCUGCGGACCCUUCGGUCGUAGAAAAGUUGUAUACUGCGACUACAAUGGCUCCGGACGAGCAUUGCAGUGGAUUGAAGAAUACAUCGUCCGAGAUGUAUUACCAACGCAUGCGACGAGGUGCACCGCACUAUCAUACACUUCAGGACAGAGCGAUAUUUAUAGGUCAGAGUCAAAAGCUAUAAUCGGCGCUGCGAUUGGUGCUAGUUGUGAUGACGUCAUAGUACUCGGCGCGUCGUUACCGCGGCUGCUACGCGCGUUGCGACCGCAGAGGGUGGCCCUCUUCGUGUCUGCUAGAGAGACGGAGCGGCAACUCGCGCCUUGGAGGGAAUUUGAUGCUGAGAUAAUCAAAGUAGCCGAAUCCAAAGACGGUUUCAUAGACUUAAACAAUUUGGAGCUAAAACUGCAAGAGAACACUGGAACUGGGAAAAGAAUGAUAGGUUUCUUUCCCGCCGCUUCCGUGGCUCCGACUUCUAAUGUGGAUAUGAACCCAACCUUUCUCGGAGUUGAGGAAGGUAUGGUGAGGAAAGAUGCAUUGUUCUUCAAUUGUGAGAAGUUCGUCGGUGGUGUGCAAGGACCUUAUGUUGCUGUGGUGAAGAAAGAUGUCUUUAAGAAUUCACCGGUUUAUUCUGAUGAUGUUGAGGUGCUAUCCGAGAGGAUCGAGGAGUACAGAUGUGCGGAGGCGGUGCGUGCUGCUUUGGUGAUGCAGCUCAGAGAUUCUGUGGGCCUGCAGAAUAUCUUGGAAAAGCAGGAUAAUAUCACCAGACAAGUUCUAUCACACAUAAAGAACAUACCAGAACUAAUACUGUUGGGCACAGAAUCUCCAACAGUGAAGAGGCUACCAAUAUUCUCUCUAAUGGUGAAACACCCGCGUGGAACAUUUCUUCAUCAUAACUUUGUGUGUGCGAUAUUAAACGAUGUCUUUGGUAUCCAAGCUAGAGGAGGAUUGACCAGUAAUCUGAACUACGGCGCUGAUGUACUGGGUAUUGAUGAUCAGCUUUUAAAAGAAUAUGAGAAGUUAUUGGAUGUGGAGGCUCAAAAAGAAGUAGCAAGAGUUCGCAAAUUAAGUGAUGCUAAAGCUCCUGAUGUACCAAUCCAUAAUGAACAUCUAAGACCAGGGUUCUGCAGAGUAUCACUACCCUACUUCAUGUCAGACACAGAACUAGCAUUUGUGCUAGAAGCUCUCAAAAUGGUUGCCACAGAAGGAUGGAAGAUUCUACCCCAGUACGUGGUUAAUACAGAAACAGGGCAAUGGAGGCACCACACAUGCUCUGUACUUCGAGACAGAAAAUCCUUGUACUCUUUAAGGUACAAUGAUGGACAGAUGACAGCUCAUGAGAGAAGAGUCUCCGGUCCGGGAAUAUUUCCACAAACAUACACCGAAUGUCUACAGACAGCAAGAAAUCUCUUCAACAGAGCGAGAAAACUGGCAAUGAAAUGCUCAACUAUAGAACCUGAAGUCAGUUUUAAUCCACGAAUUGAUUACUUACGUUGGUUUAUGUUGCCUAAAGAAGCACACGAUCUUCUUCUUGGUCGUUCUGCUAAUGUUAAACACAUAGUGCCAUUCGAUCCAUCAGGUUACACGGGAGCAAGGAAGAGUUUAAAUUUUUCCCGAUCUUCUGUCACUUCCUCACCUAUUUUCGGAGCAUCUUCAAGACAUUUCAGUCUGUCAGCUAUAGAUGACUGUCAAAUAUUCAGAUUGAAACAAAAACAGAAAUUCUACUCCCGAGAAUCGAGUUUGAAGGAGACGACAAAGGAACAAGCCGUCACGGUAGCAAAUCCCGUAAAAUUCGCUUUAGGCGAAUCCGUAUCACCUUUACGAAUCGUUCCACAAUCAGCUAAACCUAUGUUGGGAAGAUCUAGAUGCUACAGUUUAGGAUCAGAUAGCCCACCAGUACAAUUGAGUGCGGAGACUAAAAUGAAUCUAGGCUUAAAAGAAACGAGCCCGAGCAGCGAACAGAAAACUAACGGGUUUUGUAACUGCGGUAGUCAAACAGACCUUCAGUCCUUAGAUGACCCAAUGAUCUCACCUGGAAAAGCAUAUCCCUACAGUGCACAAAGUAGCACGUCGAUAUCUGACUGCAGUCAGACCGGUAGAAUAUCUCCUACUACGUCAAUAACCUCCCACACAUCCGAAGACAUCCAGGCAUACGUUAAAGAAAUGACAAGAGAACUUGCAACGGAAAUUAAAUCAGAAAUAAGGGGUGUUAUCUCCAAAGUUGACGAUAUACUUGAAAAUUCUGACUCACUCGAUCAGUCGAAUGUAAGCCUUAACUCAACGUCAAGUCAGAGCGAGAAGAAUUCAGUAUCUGUGAUAGACGUUGCAGAAUACCUCAUGGGAAUGUCAAGAGAAAUGGCAUCGGAGGUUAAACAUGAGAUUCGUGAGAUGGUCAACCAAGUUGAUGAGAUGAUUUCCCCUGAAUACAGCUCGUGCACACGUCGAAGUUCUCCACCACAAACUGGUAGAAGAAGGAUAGGAUCAGGUCCUGAGCUGGGUUUGGAUUUGAAUAAAUCCACCCAAUGUUUAAGGAAGUGUACCACCAGUCCUGUUUUACCAUGUCACGUGGAUGAAGACGAAAGUUUUGUUAAUUCGCCUAAUUUACAAUCACCUAAAUCUGCUCAAGGUACACCUUCACAUGAAGCUACUGGACCUAAUAAUAUAUCGUUUAACUCCAGUGAGACUUCGACUCCUGAUACGAUAAUUCAAGUGGUGACUACGUCACAGAAUUCUCCAGUCCUUCCUAAAUCGUCUAGUUCUAAUAAACUAUCAGAUGACGAGGUUUGCGCGGACGUCGCUUGCAGACAUUGCUGCAGCAAGAAGAUCUGCUGCCAGAAUCCAUCCGUCAGCUCACAGGAUAGUGGCAUCAACAUGACCUUCACAGAAAGCGAUGCUUAUUUGGAAUUUGUAAAAUGGCGGACAUCAUCAGAUCCUACGACAAAUAAAUUAAAGAAGUUGCAAGGAAGAUUAAGAAUAUGCAAGCACGAGAAGAGCGAAGUGCCGGAUAUUAUAGAAGGAGUUCCCGUGUGCUCCAACAAUAGCAGAGCUGAUAAGAGUGAUUCAGCAUCUGGUAGAGUCGCCUUCCAGAUAUCUGAUGAUGCUGAGACACAGAAUGUAACGUCAUCGGAUUGGAAGCGAUCAAGCAGAUGUUCUAAUGCAUCUUCUAGCUGUUCAGAGCGCAGUUCCAGGUCCAGUGGCUACGGAACUGACCAGCACAGGGCUAUUCAAGAAUACAAGAUGGUACGGGAGGGUGACAAGGUGCUGGUUUGUCUCUCCGGACGUCGGGAUUCUGUCGCAUUACUUCACGCUAUGCAUCAUUACCAGUACUACGCCCGCGCUAAGGGACAACACUUUAGUAUAGGAGCACUGUUCGUACACGAGCCGCAGUCGGAAGUGGACCCUCUACAUUUAAUGGCGUACUGCAGGACUUUAGGAGUCAAGUUCAUAUAUGAAGAUAAACUGGAUGAUGAAGAGUCUAUAGCAGGUAGCAGUAAAUCUGAGCUGCACCGGUGGGCGUCGGGCGCAGUGCGGCGGCGCGCGUACGUGGCGGCGGCGGCGCACGGCUACGGCGUGGCGGCGCUGGCGCACUGCCUGGACAGCGCCGCCGCCGCCUUCCUCGCCUCCGCGCUGCACGCCGCCAGGCUCGCCACCACCAAAGCGCACUAUACACUCAGAGAUCACGAUCUACGUAUAAUUCGUCCGUUUAUCUACGUGCGUGCGCGCGCGCUGGAGGCGUUCGCGUGCGCGCGCGCCUUGCCAGACUUCACCGCACCUGCAGCACACGAUACUGAUAAUAACAGCAAAUCCCCUGAGGAAAGUUGUUCGUGCUCGCAGCGAGCGCCACUCAGCGCUGCGCGAGCGCUGCUGGCUGCGCACGAGCGGGAACAUCCUCAGCUCUUCUCCAGCCUCAAGACUGCGCUGCAACCUCUCAUCGCUGCCAGGAACAUGGAUAGAGAAUCAAGUGAACGAAGACAUAGGAAGAAGUCAGUAAUACAGAUGAGGAACGGCGCUCCAGUUGUUGACUCCGACGACGGCUCCGAGGAAGAACCUGUAACAUAGACAAUUGACAACUGCCAAAACAAACUGUCAACUGUCAAAACACGUCAUUACGUCAAAUGUCUAUCACAGUGGGAGAGAGGACAUAGAAAAGGGAAAUAUUAUAGCUACAGUAAGGUCUUGUGACACACAGGAUGGAUGGAUGGAUAUUUUGGAUAAUGAAUAGGAGGUAGUGAACUAUAAUUGUUUUACUUGUAACAUAAUUUUGUAAGUCUACGUUGACUAAUGACGUCAUAGUUCACAAAUCAAAAAUAAAGCGUCGCCAGUGAAAUAAUAUUGAAUUAAUUCUUGGAUCAGGAUCAAAAAAUAAUGUCUAUGAAAUUGUUUUGUUAAAAUCAAUUAUUUCUAAUGAUUAUUUAACAUCAUUGUAUGUGUAUAAACUUCAUAUAAUUAUAAUCUUAGUUCUUUUUUUAUUUCUAUACCAGUGUAACAUAAACACUAACUUAAUAAAAGUAACAGAAUUAAAAUUCUGUUACUUUUUCUAUAACCUGUGAAAAGGACAUAAAGGUCAUUUAGAGCAGAGCGUAGAGCAGAGCAAUAUAUUGCAAAUAAAAUUGAACUCUAAAGUAUUGUAACAAGGUUCAAUUUUGCUUCAAACGUCUUAUGUUUGAUCUUUAUAAGAAAAUGCAAAUUAAAAUUGAACCAUAUUUCAAUCGUAUAAAGCUCAAUUUUAUUUGUACAAGUUUUCUCAGUGAUUGUAAAAACGUGGAUUUCUUCUGUUAAAGACUAUUCAAAAUCUUUAAAAAUUGAACUUUAUUGUAUUGUGACAAGGUUUAAUUUUACUUA